AGAGAGAGGAGAGAGAGAGAGAGAGAGAGAGAGAGAACCAGCAGCAGCAGCAGAGAUAGAGAUAUAGAGACAUCUCACUGCGGUUCAGCUUCUUCUGCUCUAACGGGAUCUGUUGGGAAGUAUUUUGUCGACACAAAUUGAUUUUCAUUUACGUCCGCGUACCAUGACCGAACAAUCAGCAUUACUUCUUCGAAAACAACUAGCAGAGCUCAACAAGAACCCCGUGGAGGGCUUUUCAGCUGGUCUGAUAGAUGAUGAUGACAUAUAUAAAUGGGAAGUUGUGAUCAUUGGUCCACAAGAUACCCUUUUUGAAGGAGGGUUUUUCAAAGCAUAUCUAACCUUUCCCUAUGAUUAUCCACUACGGCCUCCUAAGAUGAAGUUCAUCACAGAAAUCUGGCACCCAAACGUGGCAAAGAACGGGGAUGUUUGCAUCUCAAUUCUGCACGAGCCAGGAGAAGAUAAGUUUGGUUAUGAAAAGCCCGAGGAGCGCUGGCUUCCCAUCCACACGGUAGAGACAAUCAUGAUUAGUGUUAUCUCCAUGCUGGCAGACCCCAACAGCGACUCACCAGCUAACGUGGACGCGGCGAAAGAGUGGAGGGAGGACCCUAACGGUGAAUUCAAGAGGAAGGUGGCUCGCUGUGUAAGAAAAAGUCAAGAGAUGGCUUUUGAUUAGGAGUCAAUUGUAAAUUCCAGGUUAAAGGAAAUGCCUUCAGAGGGAAGAUUUCAGCAAAAGGCUUUUGCACCCCUUGUUUUGCCAGUCAGAGGAAUUGGUUGGCUUCAACCACGUUUCUGUGAACGGUUGUCAUUUUCCGCAAGAUGAGCCAAUUUGAGAACCCUACCAGCGAAAUUAACCUGUUUCCUACCUGGAACUGUAUAUUUAAUUUAAUUUAUUUUGAAAAAUUAAUGAUGUAAAAUAUGUCACUACUGUAAAUUAACUUGCUUUUUUAUCUGCUGCUGAACAGUUUCUACUUUAUACCAGGUUUCUUAUGCAAUUUAGUGGUCAAGAUUGUGUAAAA